CAGUCACGCUGUCGUCGGGAGAGCCAGCGCCGGAGCGCAAACGCACCCGCCAUGAGGGAGAUUGUGCACAUCCAGGCGGGCCAGUGCGGGAACCAGAUCGGUACCAAGUUUUGGGAAGUGAUCAGCGAUGAGCACGGCAUCGAUCCGGCUGGAGGCUACGUGGGCGACUCAGCGCUGCAGCUGGAGCGGAUCAGCGUCUACUACAAUGAGUCAUCUUCUCAGAAGUAUGUGCCCAGGGCUGCCCUGGUGGACUUGGAGCCGGGCACCAUGGACAGUGUGAGGUCUGGGCCUUUUGGGCAACUUUUCCGGCCUGACAACUUCAUCUUCGGACAGACGGGCGCCGGGAACAACUGGGCCAAAGGCCACUACACUGAGGGUGCGGAGCUGGUGGAUGCCGUGCUGGACGUGAUGCGCAAGGAGUGUGAGCACUGCGACUGCCUGCAGGGCUUCCAGCUCACGCACUCGUUGGGCGGCGGCACAGGCUCGGGCAUGGGCACCCUGCUCAUCAGCAAGAUCCGGGAGGAGUACCCGGACCGCAUCAUGAACACCUUCAGCGUCAUGCCGUCGCCCAAGGUCUCAGACACCGUCGUGGAACCCUACAACGCCACAUUGUCGGUACACCAGCUGGUAGAGAACACCGACGAGACCUACUGCAUCGAUAACGAGGCCCUCUAUGACAUCUGCUUCCGCACCCUCAAGCUUACCACACCCACUUAUGGGGACCUCAACCAUCUGGUGUCUGCUACCAUGAGCGGUGUCACCACAUCGCUGCGUUUUCCGGGCCAACUCAAUGCCGACCUACGCAAGCUGGCUGUGAACAUGGUGCCCUUCCCACGCCUGCACUUCUUCAUGCCCGGCUUCGCCCCACUCACAGCCCGGGGCAGCCAGCAGUACCGUGCCCUGACGGUGCCCGAGCUCACACAGCAAAUGUUCGAUGCCAAGAACAUGAUGGCUGCCUGCGACCCACGCCAUGGCCGCUACCUGACCGUUGCCACCGUCUUCCGGGGCCCCAUGUCCAUGAAGGAGGUGGACGAGCAGAUGCUGGCCAUCCAGAACAAGAAUAGCAGCUACUUUGUAGAGUGGAUCCCCAACAACGUCAAAGUGGCCGUGUGUGACAUCCCACCCCGGGGCCUGAAGAUGGCAUCCACCUUCAUUGGCAACAGCACUGCCAUUCAGGAGCUAUUCAAGCGCAUCUCGGAGCAGUUCUCGGCCAUGUUCCGCCGCAAAGCCUUUCUGCAUUGGUUCACCGGCGAGGGCAUGGACGAGAUGGAGUUCACCGAGGCAGAGAGUAACAUGAACGACCUGGUGUCCGAGUACCAACAGUAUCAGGAUGCCACAAUCAAUGGUGUCGAAGAAGCUUUUGAAGAUGAGGAUGAAGAAGAGAUCAACGGAUAGGGAGCCUUAAGAUGCUACGGUGCACACCUGCUCUCUCCUUAGCCCUGAUGGUGUGAGCAUCGUACCCUGGUCUGCGCGCCACAGGCCCCUCUCAACCCACAGGCCCCUCUCAACCAAACACACCUCACCGUUCCCCAGGUUUUAUCUGGAACAGAGUACUUUCUUUUACCUGACAAUUGGCAGUCCCACCAGACCAGGGUGAUUUUGCACAGGAACACGGAAAGCUAAGUAGGGGGCUGUACAGGGCUGAAGACAGCAACUACCCUCCAUUAAGUGCCCGGCCAGCCAUCAGAGUUAGUAGGGAGGUUAGAGUAAGGAUUUGUUUUCACCCUAAAGUGCCACACAGUGUUGCCUUAAUGGAAUACACAAUAUGGAACUUCGUGACAAUCCAUUCAUAAUAAAAUACUAAACCUGUU